CAGUCCUUCCAGGUCACGCAAAGGCUGUUGUAGCGCUAUUUGAAGUAGCGUGAAGCUAGCGAUGAGUGUGUGGGUAUGUCGUGCAGCGUCUCUCAAUGGACUUGUUGUUUACAAAUAAAUUACUUGGAAAACAAGCUGUAGUGGCGACAUCACGAUAUUCUGUCUAUUCCCGGAAUACGAGAUGCUGAAGACAGAGAAGAUCCUUCACCUCAAGAGCUCCCGCGGUCGAAAGGUCCGUGUCGUGCGGGAACAUUAUUUGAGAGAAUAUGUACCUUGCUACAGCUCUCUGUGCCAGGCGGACUGCAACAACGGAGGGAAGGUGCUGCCCGGGGAUGUGACCCACUACGUGGUGCCAGAUGUGGGAGUGGUGCAGGACUUCCUGGAGGUGCUGGAGUUCGCGGAGCUGCGGGGGAUCGUGUUCAUGCAGACGGCCUGCCAGUCCGUGCAGCAGCACCGCGGGCGCAGGUUGUACAACCGUCUGCGCAGCCUGGUGAAGGACCCCCGCCACGACUGCGUCCUCUUCUCCAACGAGUUCCAGCUCUACUCCUACUGCCCCCGGGAGAGAGGAGAGGCCCUGGAGAAAUGGCACACCAGGUCAGUGUACCAUGCUGCUGUGUGGUACUACAACCACCUGGCUGGCUUGAAACCCAUCGUGAUGAUCACAGAGGACCGUGAGGCCAUCGAGGAGUACAGCAGCCUCAACUCUGGGGUGUAUGUCAUUUCCACCCAGGAGUACCUGGAGAGUUUCUGGCCAGACCUGCAGGCUGCGCACGAGCUGUACGCCUCCAUCGCCCAGGCGCUGAGGGAGAAGGGGAGCGAGGUCCGGGAGCGGGAAUACGCCGAGCACCUCCCCUCUGACAUCCUGGAGGCCGGGAUCAAAUCCGGGAGAUAUAUCCAGGGCGUCCUGAAUGUCAACAAGCACAGAGCCCAGGCCGAAGCCUUCGUCCGGAUAGAGGGCUCUUCGAACAAGAACGCAGAGCUCAACAGCGACGUGCUGGUGUUCGGCGGGAAGCUCCGGAACCGCGCGGUCCAUGGGGACGUGGUGGCGGUGGAGCUGCUGUCCCGUGCAGAGUGGCGCGGGCGGACGAUGGCGCUGAGCGACGGGGAGGGCGAGGACAGGCAGGGGGAGGAGCCCCAGGGCCAGCCCAUGCCAACAGGUCGGGUGGUGGGGAUCCUGCAGAGGAACUGGCGGGAUUACGUGGUGACGUUCCCCCCCCGCGAGGAGAUCCAGUCUCAGAGCCGCAACUCCCAGCGGAUCCUGGUCACGCCCUGGGACUACCGGAUUCCCAAGAUCAGGAUCAGCACCCAGCAGGCCGAAGCACUGCAGGACCAGCGCGUGGUGGUGCGCCUGGACUCGUGGGACAGCUCCUCUCUGUUCCCGAAUGGGCACUUUGUGCGGGUCCUGGGCAGAGUGGGCCAGCUGGAGACCGAGGUGGCCACUAUCCUGGUGGAGAACAGCAUCCAGGUGCCGCCUUUCUCCGAGGCGCAGCUGCGGGAGAUGCCGGUAAUUCCCACCGACAGCCGCUGGGAUGUGGAGCCUGAGCAGGUGCUGGGGCGCCGGGACCUGCGACAGACCCACCUGGUGUUCAGUGUGGACCCUCAGGGCUGCGAGGACGUGGACGACACCCUAUGUAAUGAAGCCGUCUUUUCUCGCUCCUGCCUCAGGGCCACCACCUACUACCUGGCUGACCGGCGCUACGACAUGCUGCCUGCUGUCCUCAGUGCGGACCUGUGCUCUCUUCUGGGCGGAGUGGACAGGUACGCGAUGAGCAUGCUGUGGGAGCUGGACGGGCAGACCCUGGCGGUGCGCCGGGUGUGGCUGGGGCGCACGGUGAUCCGCUCCUCCUACCAGCUGCACUACGAGCUGGCCCAGAGCCUGCUGGACGGGGGCGCGGCGGAGGAGCUGCCCGAGCUGGGCGGGCUGGGGCCGCCGGAGAGGGAGGAGCGUCUGGGAGAGCUGCGCCGGGCGCUGGAGACCCUGACCCACGUGGCCCGGCACCUGCGGGCCCAGCGGGACAGGGGGGGCGCUCUGGAGCUGGAGGGAGUGGAGGUGCGAGCGCAGCUGGACGAGGAGAGGAACAUCACGGCGCUGGUGCCGCGCCAGCCCCUGGAGGUGCACGAGACCGUGGCCGAGUGCAUGAUCUUCGCCAACCACUGGGCGGCCAAGAAGAUCCACGAGAGCUUCCCGCACGAGGCCCUGCUGCGCCACCACCCACCCCCGCGCCAGGAGUACUUCGCGGAGCUCAGGGAGUGCGCCAGGGCCCGGGGCUUCACCAUCGACACACAGUCGAACAAGGCCCUGGCCGCCUCCCUGGACCGGGCGCAGGACCCCCGCGACUCCCUGGUCAACAAGCUGCUGCGCAUGAUGGCCACUCAGGCCAUGGCCAACGCGCAGUACUUCUGCACCGGCGCCUGCCCGCGGGACCAGCACUACCACUACGGUCUGGCUCUGGAGCACUACACCCACUUCACCUCGCCGAUCCGCCGCUACGCUGACGUCAUCGUGCACCGCCUCCUCACGGCCGCCAUCCAGAAGGAGCAGGGGCGUGAGGUGUCCGAGUCCCCCUGCAGUAACAAGGAGCUGCAGGAGCUGGCCCAGCACAUCAAUAACCGGAACAGGGCGGCCCAGCAUGCGCAGAAGCAGUCCACAGAGCUGUUCCAGUGCCUGUACUUCAGAGACAAGGACCCGCUGACGGACGAGCGCUGCACAGCCGAUGGAGUGAUCUACGCCAUCCGGGCCAAUGGCGUUCUGGUGUUUGUUCCCAGGUACGGGGUGAGAGCUGCGGCGUACCUGAGGAGCCGGGAGGGCCAGGUGCUGAGCCUGAGGCAUGAUGGGAGCUGCGAGUGGCAGCCGGGCUCGCUGCAGAGAUUCCCGGACCGGAUUUGCACCAGCACCGCCGAGGGCACUCACACCUUCAGCCUGUUCGACCACGUCUCCGUGCGGAUCUCCGUGCGGCCGUCGCGGUGCCACGCGGACAGCCUGUGCCUGGAGGUGGUCAGCAACAGGCCGCACGAGAGCGGCGGGCCGGAGGCGCGGGCGGGGCAGCGGGCGGCAGCGGGCAAGGCGGAGCUGGUGCAGGAGGUGGUUCGCUGGGCGGAGGAGGCGUCCCAGCUGGCAGAGGAGCAGGGCAGAGCGCCCGCGCUGCAGGGGGAGGAGCAGGAGUUCCAGCAGAGCAGUGGCAUCACGCUGUACUCCCUUCUGCAAGAGAUCCGAGAGCUGGCACUGCUGGACCCGUCUGCCUGCCAGCAGUGAGCGGAUCCGCCCAACUCCCCUGCAGGUGCCCGCGUGCCUCUGCGGUUAACCCCCGCUGGCCCACAAUUAACACGGGCUUGUUCAGUUUUGGGGGUUCCUGUCCUGGCUACAGAUUUCUACUACAGGGGAGCUCUUACUGAUCUACAUUAACGCAUAAUUGGCCUAAUCAGACCACUGUCCCAAAGUAGCCAGUCAACCCAGAAUAGUGAGAUCCUUUGCUUAAAGGUUUCAUAGGGGAAAAAUAAGUUUCUGGUCUGGACACGAUUGCAUUGUCCCAAUUCAAUCUUCCACCCAUUUUGAAACAUUUCUAAAAGGGGGGAAAGUAAAAGUGAAGAGUCUCUCCCUGCAACUUGGAAGAGUUGCAAAACAUUUACUAUCGCAAAACAUUUGGACAAAAUUUUAAUACGCUUAACUCCUAGCCAUAAGAGGGAGAAGGCUCUACGAGUGGGCUUUUGUUUCAUCUUUGCACAACCAUUUCUGUCAUUUGUACAAAGUAUUCUGUAGCUCUGUUUUUUGAAGGUAUAGCUUAGUGGAGUGCACUGAACCAAGACAGCCACCAUUUCCUCAGGGGAUAUUUUUAAAGCACUGAAAUUUACUGACGUGGUAGCACUGAUGCUUUUUUUAUGCCAGGGAACAAGUUUAGAUUGUAAUCCUUUUUUUUUUUAAGUCAUUGUAUAUUUUUGUAAACUUCUGAUGUAUUUAAAAUGCCUACAGUUCAGCUUUGGGUGGAAAGAGCAUGGUUUUAAAAGUCUUAUAACGUACAGCAUGUUUUAUUCUUUACCAAAUAUGGGAAAGCUGUAACACUGUUUUAAAUGAAAAUGGCAGCUCAAACUGUAAUAAAGUGGACAAAUAUAGACUUGUAACAGAA